AUGAUUCCGACGCCAAACCUCUCACAUCUCACUAGCAAGGAUUACGAUCUUGUCUAUGAACCUGCAGAGGACACGUUCCUGUUGCUUGACGCCCUCGAGGCUGACGAACAGGCGCUUAAGGCAGCAAAUCCGUUGGUCUGCCUCGAAGUGGGAUCAGGUUCAGGAUGUGUUUCGGCGUUCUUGACAAAAAUCAUUGACCCUGCCCUAUACAUCUGCACGGAUAUCAAUCCUCAUGCAUGUCGUGCAUCACAAGCGACAGGGAGAAACAACAAGGCAGAAUUAGACGUUCUGAACGGGCCCUUCGCUCAUCCUCUUCACCAACGACUGAAAAACAGCAUCGAUGUGAUCAUGUUCAACCCUCCUUAUGUGCCUACUUCUUUCGAGGAAGCACAAUAUGCCCAAAGCACCCAUCACCUGGAGGGCGCAUGGGCAGGAGGUUUGGACGGUAUGCAAGUCACCAAUACGUUCUUGAGUCAAGUCAAGGCAAGUGGUCGAAUUGAGAGCCUUGAUAAAAGGAGAUUUUAUCUGGUGGCAUUGAAACAGAACAAUGUGCCCGAGAUAAGAUCAAGGAUGCUCGAGGAACAAGGACUCUCAAGCGAGAUCGUCCUCGAGCGGAGAGCAGGGAGGGAAUACCUGUACAUCUUACGGUUCCAGCACACAAGGGGAGAUAAUGUGACAGAGUAA